AUGGCCCGCAUCCGCGGCGACAUCCACCCCCUCGCGCCGCACAAGACCCUCCGCCCCGAAGCCCAAGUCGACGACGGCUUCCUCACCAACAAAAAAGACAAGCGAACGAUGAAACACAGCGCCUUCCUCAGCAAAGUCGCCAAGACGGCCCCGGGCAGCGGCAAGACCCUGAAACGCCGGAGACCGAACAAGAAGCUCGUCGCGACCAUGGAGUCGCUCGCCGACGCGCUGCCGGAGCUGGAGGAGGGCGCGCAGACGCUGGAUCAGCUGCGCGAGGGGAAGGUCAGGCAUAAGAGUCUCAAGAGCAGGCCGGGCGCGCUGAAGAGGAAGGAGAAGGUUGUGAAGGCUGAGGUGGCGAGGUUUGGGGCUAGUAUGGCAGCAUUGGCUUCCGUGCCAGCUGCUGUGAAUGCCAGCGGUGCUGGUGCUGGUGCUGGUGCGAUGGCGGUUGAGGAGGCGGGAUCGCACGAGACGACGACGAGUGCGACUUCGAGCCGGUGGGCUGCGCUGCGGAAGCACAUUUCGAGCACGAUGGAGCAGAACCCUGCCUUCAGCACAUAA